AAACUGUUUGCAUUUGACUUUUAGAGUGAAAACAUUUAUACGCCAAAUUCAGCAUAUUCUGUUGGUCGAAAUAUGCAUCUGCCAUAAGAUAACUUAUCUUGUUACACCAUAUAGAAGAGGAAUUCCUCAAAGAUCAAAACUCCCUGUCGACCCCUCACACACUCGAAAAAAUGGAAUAUCUCAUCCGUUUCUCCCAGUCUCACGAGACCUUCCGUCUCCCUGAGCUGCAAGCCCUAGCCGUUCUCGAAGGGAUCGACAUGGAAGUCGUAUCCUACAGCCUAGACUCCCCCUUCUGCAUAAUCCGCCUUCCCCUUUCCUCCCCUCCCAUCACCACAACCACCCUCGCCCGCCGUCUAAUCCGCCGCUCCAUCCUCGCAAUGUCCAUCCACGAGCUCUGGGGCCACGGCCCCGACCUCGCCUCGGUCCACGCCGCCGUGAAAUCCACCACCUCCCCCCUCUGGCCCUCCUAUCUCUCCUGCUCCUUCAAAUUCACCCUCGACUCCUACCAAGGCUCCCGCACCUCGGAUCAAAAAGUCUCCAUUAUCAACUCCUUCUCCUACCUCGGCUUCAUGGGCCCAAUCAAAAUGCGCCACCCCGACCAAGAAUUCACCCUCCACGAACUCUGGCCCUUCAACUCCACCCCUUUGGGAAUACCAGAGCCUAACCACUUGUACUUCACCCGCUACCUCGGCUCCUCCCUCCGUGACCUACCAAAGAAACUGGAUUUGAAAAAGAGGAGGUAUAUCUCCACCACAAGCAUGGACGCCGAAUUAGCCCUCAUCACAGCCAAUAUUGCGCUUGCCGGGCCGGGGAAGUUAUUUUAUGAUCCGUUUUGUGGGACGGGGUCGUUUCCUAUCGCGGUUGCCGAGUUUGGGGCGGUGGCGUUGGGGAGUGAUAUUGAUGGGAGGAGUAUCAGGGGUGAUGGGGGGGAAAAGACGCUAAGGGGGAAUUUUGAGCAGUAUGGGCUUUUGGGGAGGUUGGGGGGGACGUUCACGGCUGAUUUGACGAAUAGUCCGAUUAGGAAACAAGAACUAGGGAGUGAUGGGGAUGGGGUGAGGGGAAGGGUGUUUGAUGGGAUUGUGUGUGAUCCGCCUUAUGGGGUGAGGGAGGGCCUGAUGGUGUUGGGGGUGAGGGAUCCGGAGAAGACGCCUUGGGUGGAGAGGAAGGGGAGGGAGAUGUACAAACAAGCGGAUUUCAUCCCGCCGAGGAAACCAUAUGGGUUUUUGGCGAUGCUGGAUGACAUCCUCCAAUUUGCGGCUCAAACGCUUGUCGACAAUGGCAGAGUGGCAUUCUGGAUGCCGACUGCGAACGACGAAGAACAGGAGAUGCCUGUGCCGAGUCAUCCUUACCUGGAAACACUCUCAGUUUCUACCCAAGUGUUCAACAAAUGGUCCCGCCGUCUAAUCUGCUACCGCCGCAUCCCCGACAAAGACGUCGACUCAGCAGCCGUCAAAGCCCGCGAGGAGCGCAAACUAGUCGGCAAAACAGCCGACGAGCUCAACCCCUUCCGAAAAGCCUACUUUGAAGGGUUCCAAACAUCCCCCGCAACAACUGGAACAUCAACACCUGCUGCACCAGCAACAGAGACACCACCCCAAAUUAAAUGACACAAGUUAUGAAAU